UGCAGAGCAGACAGUAGUAUGGCCCGGGUUGCUCCUAUAAUCUAUUUGCACAUCACACUUGUGAUUCUGGAAAUGAGACAUGCCACUGAGAUGGAUAGCAGCAUGCUGGGAGCUACAGCUCAAGGUACCGCCAUCAUCGGAGGAAUCUUUUCUAUUCAUGAAGAUGUUGAAAAAGACAACAACUCCUUUGCACCCCACCUACAGCCGUGCGUCAGGUUUCAAGAAAGUGGCCUGGUGAAUGUGCUGGCUAUGAUCAACGCUAUAGAAACCAUAAAUAAAUCCCCACUGCUGGCUGAUGUUAACGUCACUCUGGGCUACCACAUCCUGGACUCCUGCUCCGAUGUUAGCAGAGCUCUGAGAGCCACAGCAGGCUUCAUCGAGCACACCGACUGCCACACCGGGAACAACAGUUGUGACCACCCAGUCUUGGCUGUGGUAGGGGCCACUCACUCUGAAAUAUCUAUCGCCAUCGCCAGGCAACUGACCCUCAAGAAGAUCCCUCAAAUCAGUUAUUCAUCAACCGCUGUCAUUCUGAGUGAUAAGAGCCGUUUCCCUGCCUUCAUGAGGACCAUUCCUAAUGACAGAUAUCAGACUGCUGCCAUGGCCAGUCUGCUCAGCACCUACGGCUGGAACUGGGUUGGAAUAGUUAUCACCGAUGGAGAUUACGGCCAAUCGGCUCUUGCCCAAUUUGUGUCCCAGGCUUCUCAAAUGGGGAUCUGUGUGGCCUUCAAAUCAAUCCUACCUCGCUCAGCAAACAGUCAGGAUGUCAGGUCUGCAAUCAUAAGGACUGCCACAACCAUCUAUAAGAAUCCUAAAGUACAGGUGAUCGUGUCAUUUUCCAAAGCGACUCACAUGAUGCUCCUUUACCAGGAGCUUAGGGAUCAGAUGCUGACAGCAGGACAGAACAAGAAGUCAAUGAGAAGAGUCUGGGUGGCCAGUGACAGCUGGUCUUCCUCCAGUUCUGUGAAAGGAAACAUAACUCUGGAGGACAUUGGACACAUUGUGGGCUUCACCUUCAAAAAGGGAGACCUGUCGUCAUUUAAUCAGUACCUGAGCAGACUGGAGGCAGCUGGACAUAACUACAUAGGGAAUAACAUCUUUAUGCAGGAGUUCUACACGCAGCUAAAUGCUAGUAAAGGUUAUGGAGACACUGAGCUGGUGUCUAAAGCUGUGAACACCAUUAGAGAACACAAUCAUGCCGACACUAUCCUCAGUGUUGAGAUGGCUGUGAGCGCCAUCGCUCAGGCUGUGGUGUCUAUCUGCAGGAGCAGAGACUGCAAAACCCCAGGCACAAUGCAACCCUGGGAGGUGCUUAGAGCUCUGUGGAUGCAGCCGUUCAAACUUGGAGAAAAGAGCUAUAAGUUUGACAGCAAUGGAGACAUAAACCUGGGCUAUGAUGUGACAAUGUGGAGGUCAGAUGGAGGGAACAUCCAUGUCAAUGAUGUUGUAGCUGAGUAUAACCCACAUAACAACAACCUCACCAUCACCAACCACAGCACCACCCAAAAGCUUCAGGAGCUGAAGCACAUCAUCUCAAAAUGCUCCAAUAGCUGCGUCCCUGGAGAGUUCAAGAAAAUAGCUGAGGGUCAGCACACUUGUUGUUAUGAGUGCAUCAACUGCACUGCAAACUACUACACUAAUAACACAGAUAUGGACCAGUGUCUGAGCUGUGACAAAAACACAGAAUAUUCUCAUGAGGGCAGCUCCAGCUGCACCCCCAAAGACCUGCUCUUCUUCUCCUGGCAGGACAGCUUUGCGGUGGUGCUCCUGACCUUCUCUGCCCUGGGAAUCCUCCUGGCUCUGCUGGUGUCCGCUCUGUUUCUACAUCAGCGUGACACUCCUGUUGUGAAGGCUGCUGGAGGGCCACUGAGCCAGGUCAUCCUGUUCUCUCUGGUCAUCAGUAACAUUAGUGCCAUGCUGUUUGUAGGUCAGCCCAACAGUUUACAGUGUAAGGCUCGACAGGUGCUGUUUGGCAUCAGCUUCACUCUGUGUGUCUCCUGCAUCCUGGUCAAGACCCUGAAGAUUCUGCUUGCCUUCCACUUCAACCCUGAGAUGCAGGAUGUUCUGCGGAGGCUUUACCAGCCUUACGUCAUCGUCAGCAUCUGUGUGGCCUUACAAGCAGCUACCUGCAUCUGCUGGCUGGUCCUCAAAAGCCCAUUUAAUUACAUCAUCUGGUAUCCAACAACUCUGCUGGAGGAAUGUGAUGAGGGCUCAUAUUCAGCCUUCGGGGUGAUGUUGGGCUACAUAGCUGUCCUGGCAUUAGUGUGUUUCAUCUGCGCCUUCAAAGGACGCAAACUGCCCCACCGGUACAACGAGGCAAAGUUCAUCACCUUCAGCAUGCUGCUCUACCUAAUCUCCUGGCUGCUCUUUGUUCCUGUCUACAUAAACACUCCAGGAGUCUACCUGCCAGCUGUGGAGAUGGUAGUCAUUCUCAUCUCCAACUACGGCAUCCUUUGCUGUCAUUUCAUCCCAAAGUGCUAUAUAAUACUUUUAAAAAAGGAACAAAACACAAAGACUGCUUUCAUGAAGAAUCUGUAUGAAUAUUCCAGCAAAACCACAGAUUCCAUCUCUGUGUCUGUGGUGACGAACGGGACUGCCUUUAAAAGUUUGUACAGAGGUUCACACUGCCUCCGAAGAAGCAACAGCAUAUGAACUAUCAAAAAGUGUUCAUUUAUAUUAAAUUGUACAUUUUGCACAUUUAUAUUAUAAAGAUUAUAUAUUUACAAGAUCUGAGCUUUUGCUUCUGUGUUUUCAGAAGUAAGAAGUCAGACUUAUUUUCUGCUAAUGUUUUCAAAUUUAGAGAGUCAUUGCAGCACGAGCCAGAAACCAGAGAAGCUGGAUUCUUAAUCCUCUAAUUUGUGUAUUUCAGCAAAGAACAUGUAAUAUCAUUCCCAGUGGCUUUGACAGAUUUCACAACAGAGGUCUUGGAGAACCCAAGCAUUAUGAAAAUAACCAUUAAAAAGCCAUGAGAUAGUCUUUGACGUUACUGGGUUAGCCUGUCACAGUGUCUUAUUCUAGCUGUCUUAUUUUCCUAUGACCGGACAUCAGCCAGAAGCAGGCUGGGUAGUUGAAUAGUCUUAGGUCCUAGCCGGGUUAGCUUAGCUCCCAUCUCGGCUCUCCUCCUGGGGUGGUCACUUUGCCGCGGUGGCGGGAAGCGACAUGGAUAAGGAUGCGGUAGGAAGGAGAAUGGAUGAUUGGAAGGGAAAGAGAGGGUGGGUCGAGAAUUCUGAGACGAACGAGGCCGGAUGUGUUGAGUAUAAGUAUACUUGACGGGUAAUUAGAGGUGUGGUUGAGGCAUUGCCCCGUUCCUGAACAUAAGUUAACCAAUGACCUUAAUUUCUUAUGACAAACGGGUACAUAUACAUGUAUAUUCCUAUUCCUAUGUAUUACCUUUGUGCACAGCAAAUGAGUGAAAUAACAUAAAAUCAAUGCAGGUCAUCUUUCCUGUAUCAAACUCAACAUGUUUAAGCAAAACAUCCUAUUAAUAAAACAUACUUAAACAUCAA